UAAAUACUACUGCAUAAACUGAUGAUAUGGCCCUAUCUGCGGCAUCUAGAAUGAUCAGAGUUAUGGGUCAGACCCUCUCGGAGCCGGUGACAGAGAAGCAGUCAACAACAUGCCAGGAUUCCCGCUUCCUAAUCGGCUCCUCAUGUAUGCAGGGCUGGCGCGUGUCUAUGGAUGACUCGCACACGCACAUACUGUCGCUGCCGGACGACCCCGGGGCGGCGUUCUUCGCGGUCUACGAUGGACACGGAGGAGCGAACAUAGCGGAGUAUGCCGGUAAACAUCUUCACAAGUUUAUCACGGCGCGCCCGGAGUACCAUCUUGGGAACAUUGAGGAGGCCAUGAAACAGGGGUUCCUGGACAUGGACCAGGCUAUGUUGGAAGAGGACAUGCUUCAGGAGAAAGUAGCUGGCAGCACCGCCGUGGUGGUACUGGUCAAGGACAACACUCUGUACUGCGCCAACGUGGGCGACUCUAGGGCUAUAGCGAGCGUCGGUGGCGCGGUGGAAAUGCUCUCGUACGACCACAAGCCGAACAACGAGGAGGAGCUCCGUCGUAUAACCGCGGGCGGGGGCUGGGUCCAGCUCAACCGAGUGAACGGCAACCUGGCGCUGUCCCGCGCGCUGGGUGACUACGUGUUCAAGCGGAACUACAGACUGUCCCCGAGGGAUCAGAUCGUCACUGCGUAUCCGGACGUCCAAGUGAGGCAACUGAACGACGAUUGGGAGUUCAUCGUGAUCGCCUGCGACGGGAUUUGGGAGGUGUUGUCCAAUGAGGAAGUGGUAUCAUUCUGCCGCGUCCGUCUACUAAGUGGCUGGGAGCCGGCCGCCGUGUGCGAGGCGCUCAUGCAGCGCUGCCUCGCGCCCAACUGCGCCACGGGCGGGCUCGGCUGCGACAACAUGACCGUGCUGCUCGUGUGCAUAAAGCCGUUCCCCAGCGCGCACCCACACAUACCGGAAUCCCUACCAGCACCUGAGCAGCUAAGUAGUAAGUUUAUGACUAAAAUGGAAGAUUUACUGUACGUAGAGGACGACGAAGACGAUUUAAAAUGAAGAGGCAACGGUCUUAGUGUAAAUGUGUACAUAAAUAGAGUAU